GACGUCAGCGAGGCAGUGCGGAGUCAGGCGCCAGCUCCCUAUAAGCUCAGGAGCUGUCCGGGUGCUGAAUCGUCCGGAGACGCUCACCUAGCGCUCGGGAGGGAGGGACAUGCUGUGGACCUUUUCUGCCAUCUAGAAAAGAGGAAAUCUCAAAAACAUGGCAGAAGCUAAGACCCACUGGCUUGGAGCAGCCCUAUUUCUCAUCCAUUUAGUUUUCCUCUUCUCUGGAGCUGAAGCUGCUUCAUUGCAGCGUAACCAGCUGCUUCAGAAAGAACCAGACCUCCGACUGGAAAAUGUCCAAAGGUUCCCCAGUCCUGAAAUGGUCAAAGCUUUGGAGUACAUUGAAAAACUCCGGCAACAAGCUCAUAAAGAAGAAAGCAGCCCAGACUACAGUCCCUACCAAGGUGUCUCGGUUCCCCUGCCACAAAAAGAAAAUGGAGAGGAAAGUCACUUACCAGAGAGUUCAAGAGAUUCACUGAGUGAAGAAGAGUGGAUGAGGAUAAUACUCGAAGCUUUGAGACAGGCUGAAAAUGAACCUCAAUCUGCACCAAAAGAGAGCAAGUCUUAUGCCUUAAAUCCCGAAAAGACCUUCCCAGGGGACAUGACUGAUGAUUAUGAGACACAACAGUGGCCAGGGAGAAAGCUCAAGCACAUGCAGUUCCCUCCCAUGUAUGAGGAGAAUUUCAGGGACAACCCCUUCAAGCGCACAAACGAAAUAGUAGAGGAGCAAUAUACACCUCAAAGUCUUGCUACCCUGGAGUCAGUCUUCCAAGAGCUGGGGAAACUGACAAGACCAAACAACCAGAAACGUGAGAGAGUUGAUGAGGAACAAAAGCUCUACACAGAUGACGAAGACGAUGUGUACAAGGCUAACAACAUUGCUUAUGAAGAUGUGGUUGGGGGAGAAGAUUGGAGUCCAGUAGAGGAGAAAAUAGAGAGCCAAACCCAGGAAGAGGUGAGAGACAGCAAGGAGAAUACGGAAAAAAAUGAACAGAUCAAUGAAGAAAUGAAACGUUCGGGUCAGCUGGGCCUGCAGGAAGAUCUCCGGAAGGAGAGUAAAGACCAACAACUCUCAGAUGAUGUCUCCAAACUCAUUGCCUAUUUGCAAAGGUUAGUGAGUGCUAUGGGAGGUGGGAGGUCCCAGAAUGGCCAAAAUGAGGAAAGAGUAGUCAGGUUUCUUGAGAAACCACUUGAUUCUCAGUCUACUUAUCAGCUUAUUGAAAUCUCUAGGAAUUUACAGAUACCACCUGAAGACUUAAUUGAUAUGCUCAAGACUGGGGAGAAGCCAGGUGGGCCAGUGGAGCCGGUGCAGGAGCUUGACCUUCCGGUUGACCUAGAUGACAUCUCAGAGGCUGACCUAGAUCAUGCAGACCUGUUCCCAAGUAAGAUGCUAUCCAAGAGUGGGUACCCCAAAGCCCCCGGUCGUGCUGUGACAGAAGCCUUACCAGAUGGGCUCAGUGUUGAGGAUAUUCUAAGUCUUUUAGGGAUGGAGAGUACAGCAAAUCAGAAACCUUCAUAUUUUCCCAAUUACUAUAACCGAGAGAAGGUUGCCCUGAGGGUCCCCUAUGGUCCCGGGAGAUCUAGACUGAACCAGCUUCCCAAAGCUGCCUGGAUUCCAGGGGCUGAAAACAGACAAGUGGGUUAUGAAGACCCAAAUGACAAGGAUCAAGAAUUAGGAGAGUACUUGGCCAGGAUGCUAGUGAAAUACCCCGAGAUCAUGAAUGCAAACCAGGUGAAGCGAGUGUCCAGUCCAGGCUCAUCUGAAGAUGAUGUCCAGGAAGAGGAACAGCUUGAGAAGGCCAUGAACGAGCACCUUGAUCAGCGCGGCUCUCAGGAGACUAACCAACUGGCACCAGGGAACAAAAGGUUCCCUGCAGGACCCCUGAAGAACGACGAGACCCCAAAUAGACAGUACUUGGAUGAAGAUCUGCUGAUGAAAGUGCUGGAAUACCUUAACCAAGAAAAGGCAGAAAAGGGAAGGGAGCAUAUUGCCAAGAGAGCCAUGGAAAAUAUGUAAGCAGCUUUCAUUAAUUGCCCUAUUUUCCCUCUUCCCUCUCCGUAUGAACCCCAGUAUUUCUCUUUAGUGUGUUGACUUCUAUCCUGUUAACACUGUAAUAUCUUUUACUGAUGUACAAGCAGAUGAUUCCAGGUCACUGGGGAGUCUGCUUCACUUACUCUGAGCUGUUCUCUUGUGUAUGGAUAUGUGUAAAUGUUAUGACUCUUGGAUUAAAAAA